CGUGGGUGAAUUUCGAAACUUGAAAACGGAGGGUAAAAAAAGGCGCGAAUCGUCGCUCCGGCUACCAGGAACUGUCAACUCGGAAUCAUAAUGAGUCAACUUGUUCCGUCGAGGACCGAGUCGACUCACCACCGCCUGUACGAUUUCGCCAAGGCCGCCCUAAUAAAGAUCUUCGCGCACCCCUACGUUACGGUUUGUGAUUUGUAUUGUGCACGAGGAACGGAUGCGGAGAAGUGGGACGAAGCUCAAUUCAGUCACUAUAUUGGAAUUGAUGGAUCCACUUCUGGAAUCGGCCAAAUGCGGGAGGCAUGGGAGAGCCAGAGGAAGGCUUACACUGCUGAAUUCUUUGAAGUUGAUCCUUGCGUGGAAAAUAUUGAAACUCAGAUGAAAGAUAAAGCUGAGACAGCCGAUCUAGUCUGCUGCUUGCAGCAUCUGCAGAUGUGUUUCGAAACCGAGGAGAGAGCGAGGAGACUUUUACAUAAUGUGUCUUUAUUGCUUAAACCUGGGGGUUAUUUUUUUGGUAUUACCCCAGACUCGUCUACAAUAUGGGCCAAGUAUCAGAAGAAUGUCGAAGCAUACCACAAUAGGAGUGCUAGCAUGAAGCCUAAUAUUGUACCCAAUUGCAUUAGAUCUGAAAGCUACAUGAUCACCUUUGAAGUUGAGGAAGAGAAGUUCCCAUUGUUUGGGAAGAAAUAUCAGCUGAAAUUCGCGAACGACCCGUCUGCCGAGACGCAUUGUUUAGUCCAUUUUCCAAGCUUUAUCAGGUUGGCUCGAGAAGCAGGUCUCGAGUAUAUCGAGAUUCAAAACUUGACCGAAUUCUACGACGAUCACAGAGCACAAUUUGCAGGAAUGCUCAUGAAUUGUGGUCCAAACCUUCUGGAUCCCAGGGGGAGACUUCUUCCUCGAUCAUAUGAUGUGCUAGGUCUGUAUACAACAUUCAUAUUUCAGAAGCCAGAUCCAACCAUCACUCCACCAAUCAUGACCCCAUUAUUGCUUGAAACAAGUUAUGAUCACGAAGAGAGGGAGUGGCAGGGGAGUGGCUGGCGAGAUGAAGAAAGGAGUGUACAGGCAGAACAUGUUCCUGGUCCGGUUCCAGUUCCAGCUCCUGCUCCGGUUCCGGUUCCGGUUCCGGUUCCAGUUCCAGUUUCAGUUGCGGUACCUGUCCCGGUUCCGGUUGUGAUGCCCAUUCCGGUCUCCGGGCUAGGCAAGAUUAGUGAACAGAAGGGCAUUUUGGGUCCUGGCCCUGCAGAUUUACGUUUUCCUGAAGCUCUUUAGUUUGCUUUUUUUAUUUAUUAUUAUUUUAAAUAUUGAAUGAUGAAAAACAAUUAUUAUUUUGAACUCUAAUC